CCCACAGCACAUAUUUAUACUACGUUUCGCAAUAGAUAAAUCAAAAUUUUUCGUGUGUUUCUUCCUGGAUGCAAAUGCAACAAUAAAUUGUCAUAAUUCUGCAACAAAAUUCUCAGUAGUCAAUUUAUAACGCGGAGGCAGAGCAACGAUUUCAAUUUGGCAAACAUUGCAAGAUAAUUUGGAACGUUAUUGAAUUACUAAAAAUUACCAUGUUGUUGAAAGUACCAUCUGUUGACUGGACGGAUCAAAUAGUUUACAUAGUGGAUGACGACGAUUCACUGUCAGAUAUCGAUGAUGAGCCCGACUUUUCCGAAUACAUGUGGAUGGAGAACGAGGAGGAAUUUGAUAAGAAUGAGCUGCAACGCCUGGAGGAGGAAGAAAUUAUGCAGGAAUGCUUUGAGGCAAUGAUUGAGGAUGAGCUGGAGGAGCAAAUUAAUGAGUGGGAAAAAGCGAAAACUGAAGAACAAAAUACUGCAUUGUUGGCCUUACCCAAAAGUCAAUGCAAUAUCGAGAAAUCCAUACUGAAUCCAAUGGCUGACGAAUUCAUACCACGUAGUCAUAUAAUGGAUUUUGCAACCUCCUAAAGCCUCCCCACAUAGAAAGCACACCACGUUGUGCAGGGACACUGGAGAUGUCCUUUUGCGGCGCGUCUAAGCCUUAAAAGUCCCUACUAUGCAAAACAAAAAAAAACAAAAAAACAAAAUAACUGCAAAAAGCUCGUAAAAAACUGUUAACAAAUGAUGGACUAAGUUCCGAAACAGAGGAAUCAUCAAGCCAGAGCAACAGUUCUCCCAUCAACAAUAGCAACCAAAUUCAAAAUAUGUAUAUCGUAUCAUGCAUACAUAGAAGAAACAAACAUACGAAAUGCCAAUACGCCAACAACGCUGCAGCUAAAAUGCAAACGAAUAACAUUUAAAAAAAAAGUUUAUAAAAAACACUGAAUCAGUGCAAAAAAACGAUUAAAAUUGUAUAAAAAAAAACGAUCGCAUUAA